AUGGCUCGUACCAAGCAAACCGCGCGCAAGUCCACUGGCGGCAAGGCACCACGCAAGCAGCUCGCGACGAAGUACACGCGCAAGGCGCCCCUCCCGAGCGCUGCGACGGGAGGCGUGAAGAAGCCCCACAGGUUCCGCCCCGGCACUGUCGCACUGCGCGAGAUCCGGCGGUACCAGAAAUCGACAGAGCUCCUCAUUCGGAAGCUGCCUUUCCAGCGGCUCGUUAGGGAGAUCGCGCAGGACUUCAAGACGGAUCUCCGUUUCCAGUCAUCUGCUGUGCUAGCACUACAAGAAGCUAGCGAGGCAUACCUGGUCUCCCUCUUCGAGGAUACUAACCUCGCUGCCAUCCAUGCCAAGCGUGUCACGAUCCAACCUAAAGAUCUCGCGCUCGCUCGACGUUUGAGGGGCGAACGACACACUUAG